ACCGUCGAACGGAACGGUCGUGUGACGUCAUUAUUCCCGCGUUUUUUUUUCUUUCAAAAAAAUGUUCACGAGCGCCAUGUUGUCACAUUUUUAUUGACAUUAAUUUAAAUGUUUUAACAAUAAUUUUUAUGUUGUUAUUGUUGACGCGUCGUGUUUAAUUGUUGUGAUUGUGUUUUAUAAUUAUAAUUGUUUGUGUUAUAAUAUAGUUUUAAUUUAGUUAUAUAUGAUAUUAGUGAAAUGUUUAGUGCAUUGAAAUCAUACGGACCAACUCAAUGAAAUGUGGAUAUCGAGUUUUGUGUGAUCAUUGGAUUUGUAUAUUAUGGAGAAGCCGUCUUAUAAGCUGGUCGGGGCGCCCUGUGGUCACCAUGGUCAGUACACGUUCUACAAAGCGAUUAGACUGACAGGACCCAAGGAGAGGAUAGUGGCCAUCGGAGACUUUUUCUUCGUGAGGAUAUGGCAGGAUUCGGAGCUGGUGUCCAUAGGCGAACUGCAACUGCUAUGGACGGACAGGGUCUCAGACCAGACCCUGGUGUCGCUUAGGCUGUACUUCCUGCCAGAGAACACGCCAGACGGCAGAGGCCUUCAUGGGGAGGACGAAGUCCUUGCCAUCAACGACAAGGUCGUGCUCCGUGCCGAGGACUUGCUCAGUUGGGUAUGCAACGGGGCCGAAUGGAGAUGGGGACUCCGAGCGGUCUGGAGAGGCGCCUGCGCCCCCCCUAGCGCUCCUUGCGUCACGUCACCCCUACAUCACACGAAGCUCGACUUCAGCGACGUGGAGAAAGAAAAGUGCUCUAUAACAGUAGAAGUAGAAGAUCCAGGUGUUGUCGUGUUCUCGUACCCUCGCUACUGCCGCUACCGAGCACUGCUCGCCCGCCUCGACGGUAUCCAGGCGGACUGGCUGCGGGACUCGCUGGUGGCCGCCCUCGGGGGUUACGCCGCUCCCACCAAGAAUACUAGAAUAUUGUAUUGCAAGGAUACUUUCGAGUACCCUGAACUAGAAGGCCACGAGUUCGUCUGUAAUCACCUAGCGCCGAAACUGAAGGGCAGGCCGCGCGGGCGGCGGCGGCGAGCGGCGCGGUCUCGCGACCGGUCGCCCGACAGGUCGCCCGACCGGUCGCCCGACUCGCGCUCCAGUGACAGUGACAGGAAUACGCCUGACACGAGGACGCCAAGAAGACUAUCACUCCGUAACGGAGCGGAGAAGCAGAGCGAGGAGGAGGAGGAAGUCGAGAGGAAACCAGAAGAGAUAGCCAAAGACGAAGCUUUCCUGCAGCAGCUCAGGGAGUUUCUCAAAAGUCAAAACGAUUCGCUUAAGAUAUCGCACUCGUUGAAAAACGUGUCGCUGCGCGGCGUGUACCUGUGGGUGUCGCGGCGCGGCGGGCUGGGCGCGUGCCGCGCGGCGCUGUGGCGGCGCCGCUUCGGCCCGCGCGCCGCCGCCCUGCGCGCGCUCUACCAGCGGUAUCUCCUCCAGUACGAACAUUACCAAAGAUGGAACGGCCUGAUGCACCCGAAGCCCAACGGGAAGGUCGAGGAACCGAAUACCAUAGACACGAUAGACGUCACGGACUCGCCGAUCCGCGAGGUCGACGUGAAAAAGGACCUCCCCGAGAAGAGGCUCCGGACCCCCUCCCCUAAGAAACUCAAACCGGAGAAAUUAGUCCUAGACAACGAGACGGGCGAGCUGACGAAGGAGGAGAUGAACAUAACCUCGAAACCCGCCGAGGAGUUGAACAGGGAGUUCCUGGACUCGCUCCCUAACCCGAAAGAGGAGGAGAAGGGGAAGAUCUUCGUGAAACCGGUCGAGAAGCUGAUAGAGCCGAGCCUGAAGAUGUUGCAAGACACGGCCCCGUCUGAUCCGACGAAGCCGACCGCGAUGGACUCCAGCAAACCGACGGACGUCGGGAGCAAGCCAGGCGACGGGUCCGUGUUCCUCAACGAAUUAGCACAAAAAUUGAACUUAGGGAACACGGACACGAGGUUCCUGCACCAGCUGUCGCAGACCCCCCCCACCGACAGCCUCUCGAGCCUCUCGACCCUCGGCGACAAGUACACGAACGGACACACCAACCUCACCAGUAACCCUGACAUGCAGCGCUCCCGCCCCGCGGGCCGCAGCUCCCUGCGCGCCGUGCGAGUCAAGCCCGCGCGACCCCCCGCCGCCACGCCCCCGAUACCUCCUCUCCGCACGGACUCCGCGUCGUCCUCCCCCCCGCUGGGCAGCGUGCCCCCCACAGUCACGACCACCGCUACCACCACCAUCAACAACUUCGGCAUUCACCACCCCCCGCCGCCCGCCAGUCACAGCGAUGAUGAAAUUGUGGAGGUGCCCUAUAAACCGAAAAGUCCUGAAAUUAUCGACCUAGACGAGUACCCAGAGAGCCCUCAAGGUAUUAAGAAGAAAAAACUAGAAAUCUUAAAAGAGAGGGGGUUAGAAGUUACCGCAGUUCCACCGGGGCCCGUCUGGGCGGCUCCCAUUCCCAACCCCAUCACCCCCCUAAUUAACCCCAGUCCUAUAAUCCUCAACCCGGCGGUUCAGCACCAGAUUAUGACCCAGGCUCAAAUAUUCCAAAUGUACAAUAUUAUCCCACCGACUUAUCCAAAUGGUAUUCAGGUGCCCAAAGUCAUCCAAGCGUCCAGUGCCUUCGGGACCGCUGGACCAGAAAAAACGGUGUACGGCAACCCUAAAGACCCCUUCAUGCCCCCGCCACACGUGCUGCAGGGCACCCCUAUCAAACCACAACGAAGUAUCCAAACCCCGACAUCAACCCCCCAGGACAUCUUAGACUUAACUUGCAAAACUCAAACGAGUCCAGCUCAGAAACCUGCCGUGGAAAUAGUCAGGAUACCCUCGGCCCCGUCCCCUUCGAAAACCCCCAAUGCCCCCCAAAAUUUGAGCAAAAACUACACCCUCCUGGACGGGAAAGCAGUCGUCGGCUCGAAUUUAGAAAUAACGCUAGUUAAUUCGAAAUCCCAAACUCCACCGAAGCGACCGCCGCAAAAGCGCUCCUCGAAUGGGAAAUUCGUGUCCGCAAAAACUCCCACUCCCCCCAAAGACUACCCCAAGCCUUACCCGUCCCCGUCCCCUAAGAAGCCCCCAAUAGUGGUCCCCAAUUACCAAAUACCGAGCAGAGAAGACAUAUCCCCGACAAGUUCGACCACGGCGAAGGAAACGCAGAACAAUAUGCUCCAGAACGCUUUCAAGGGUCAAAACUUGGCGCAGAUCAUGGAAAUGCAGAAAACUGUGCCCAACCUCAACCCGUUCAUGGACCCGAUGUACAUGAACGCGUUCUACAACAGCUUGGGGCCGAUGGACCAGCGCCAGCUGGCCAUGUACCGGGACCUGAUGACCAGUCAGUUCCGAGGGUACAGCGGCCUGCUGAACAUCGGCACGCCGACAACGAAGAAUUAAUUAAUCUAGUCGGUAGAUUGAAAUUAACGUUUUAUUGGACACGACAACAUCGCCCAUGACUUAACGAAGCUGUUCCACGUUAUUGACUAUUGUCGUAUCAGCUAGCACAACCCCCUUGGGUGGGGGGGUUAGUUUAAGUAUAGCAAUGUAAAUUGGAACGUGUUCAAUAAAAGCUUAAUGUUUUAUUUGAUUGUGAUAUGGAAGUAGUUCUAAGUCGAUCUCUAGUUAUUUUAAAGGGAUUUUUGUGAGCGACCCGUCCCGCUCUGCGCCCGUAUGUGCGACAGAGACGGCACCAGCUGGUCGUCUCUCUCUAACAUACAGGCUGCCGGGAAUGACUCCCUUUUCUGUAAAUAAAUUGUAAAUAAAGCGGUUCUUUUUCCUUUACGACCGAUGACUACGUGACGAUUAUUUUAGGCUGGCAACAUUGGAGAUUAAAGUAUCCGGGUUCCGUAUGAAGAUAAAUGCAUUUUUUAAGGGUCGUAUAAGCUCUUCAGUCUGUUGAUGUUUUGAACGGAGUUUAGUUGUUUUGUCACGUAGCUGUUAAUGUCGGUUAGUUGAAUUGUAGUUUAAAUUUAACGAUGGAUGUUGUUCUUAGGGUAAUGUUUUUUAAAUUCGGAUGUAAUUACGCCGUUACCUGUUUGGACCAACGUUGGACCAAACGUGGCCGAGACGGUGUCCCUAUCGCUGUACAAAAUAAACAAUUGAAAAAUU